CUCAUAUAUAAAAGGACCCCACCACUAACAGCCGCCUCGUGUUCCUGUAACCCAGUCAUCGAGGCCGCCCUGGUCAUGGGCGACCCUACUGUGAGCAAGUGGGCCGCUGGAACAAGCUAUGGACCGGUUCUAUCACAGACCGAUCUAUAUCUGCUUAACACCGACCUUCAGCUCAACCCAAUCCUUCAGGGCACAAACCCUGGGUUCCAUCUAUUGUUCAACCUUGUGACUGGUUCCACGGGUGGAUUCAACCCAGAAGCAAGAGACCGUGAUCUCCUCUUCACUCAAAAGGACGAGCCUGCCACAUUACCUCGUGUCACGCAGCUCAUCAUUAUCACUGAACUCAGCCCUUGGUGCACUAUCAUACACAAUGAGCGCGGCGUUACCAUGAGUGACGUGUGCACCGCGAUAUGGAAAGAAUAUACAGAAAACUACGUCUCUGAACAAGAAUUCAACUCCCUUCCACCACGAUUACAGGAACACGUGAAGCGCGCUGCAGCUAACAACCAGCAAGCUGCUAACUGGCAGAUGUACUACAACACCCCUACACCACCCAGCCGGUACAAGAGAGUCGAUUGGCUGCGAGACAAAAUUUACUUUGAUUACUUGACCAAGAAGGACACCUAUUCGGUUUCACGACUCGGGUUCAAAGCUCCCAACAUCUUUGUGAUGUGCCUAGCUUCUUGAGUGAUAUCCGUUGUAAUUCCUACGAUUUCCUGUUAUACUUGUCGCUUUCUUCGGUCGGAUCAUGUGCACAUUGUAUCACGAGUUUUUUUUCGCCCCGAUUAUCUACAUCUACAUAGCGAUUCCGUUGUCUGCAUCUAGCAAUUGCCUGUCACAGGUUUGCUAUCUUUAUAGAGCACCUUACAAAGCCUAGC